UCAGUUGGAUUUAUGGAACAGACAGAUUUUGCGCCGAUAUUAAAGACAUGAUUGGAUUUUCACCUGGAAUCUAUUGGAGAGUCUGCUGGAAAUUUGUAGCUCCCAUAUUCCUCAUGGUAUACCAAUGCUGUGUAAAGCAAUAAAAUUAGUUGAGUUUAUCAUUGUUUAUGGUCUGAUGGGUUAUGAACCACUGACUUAUGAGGAUUACGUGUACCCCGUCUGGGCAAAUAUAUUAGGCUGGUUAAUUGCGACUUCCUCAAUUGCCAUGAUACCCGGCGUUGCAAUUUACAAAAUCGCGGUCACGCCCGGCAGUUUUAUGCAGAGAUUGAAAAUUCUCACCACCCCUUGGAGAGAUACUCAGCAAAGAAACGCAGACAUGUCGUCGGUGGCGAAUGGAGUGGUUCGACGUAGCUUCAUCGCAGACCAAGACUUAAACCUAACCAAGGAACAACAAGAAUUGACCAAGGAACAAACGGAAGUGAUGAUCCAAUCCAGGGAAGGUGUUAACGGAGAUCCACCUCCAGAGCCAGUCUAGGACAGUGCGGUUGUGAUUUUGCACGGUGCCCGGUUCCAAGUAUAUCUUUGCUAAUAUUCCAUCGUUGGAAUGUAGUUUUACGCGAAAGUAUUUGUAUUGGAUCACAAGGAUUUCGAACGCACUCACUUAGAUGUUACGAUAAACCCUCCCCAUUGUUCUUUGCUCCCUUCUGAAUGACAGACUUUGAAAUUUUUGCGCGCUGAAUUUAACGCGUCGCGAUUUAAUGACGAAACAUUUUCAAAUGAAAUAUCGUCGUGGAUCGCAGUGUGUUAUGGCUUAACGAGUCUUCAGAUGUUCUCACCCUCCCCACCCUUCCU